GCCUCGGGGAUCGCUCCAGCCUCUCUCUCUCGAGGAACCCGAUGCUCCGCUUCCCUGAGGGCGUCUUCGGCGAUCUCCUGAGGAGUAUCACCGUCUCGGACAUCCCGGAGAAGACGGGGAUCGAUUUCUACUACAACUUCAUCCAGUGUGACUGCGAUUUCCUGUGGCUCGCGAAGGACAGGUGGCUUAACGUCCACGUCUACGGCGGUUUCUGUGGGCCGAGGAGCGAUGACUGGAAGGAGUGGGUGAGUCUGCACAGCGUCGACGCGGAGGAACUGGAGAAAAACUGUUCUGCUUUGAACACCCCCGAGCCUCCUGGUCCUCUGAGGGCGAGAAUGAACCAGGGUAUUGAUCAGCUAUGGGCACUUACAAGCUAA